UACCUUACCGACUAUCCACAUAAAAGUUGUGAUCUUAGAGUGUACAGAAUGGAAGGCCGAUAAUACCAAAUAUUUUUUAUACUAUCAGUUAAAUAAUACUCAAAAUCAGGAUAAUUGAAUUGCAAUGGCAUCGGGGUACAUAAAGGAUGACCAAGUAGGUGGAACGUUUAUUCCAGCAAGUCAACGUCCAGAUGGAACCUGGAGAAAACCACGUCGAGUUCGAGACGGAUAUGUUCCGCAGGAAGAGGUUCCUUUAUAUGAAAGUAAAGGAAAGCAGUUUGUUAAAAACAAGCCGACCUAUCCAGUAGGUCUACCUCCAGAGUUCAUCGCGGCUCACAAAGCAAAAAAGGAAGCCCAGUCAGCAAAAGCUGCCGGGGCUGCUUUGAUUGUUCAAAGUGAUGCUGCGAAGAAAAAAAAGAAGAAAAAAAGUAAAAGUAAAAGUAAAAGUACAAAUUCUGACAAACUGACGGAGGAAAUGGAAAAGACUCGAAUUUCAGAACCGGAAGUUGGUAAGCAAUUUGCCAAUACGUCGGAGUCUGCGAAAAUUAAUAAGUCUGAGAAUUCUAAGGAGGCUGACGGAAAAUCAGAGCAGGCUGUGGAUCCAGCAAAGAGGCUGAAAAACUUGAAAAAGAAGUUGAGGGAAAUCGAAACGUUAGAGCUUAAGAUUAAGGGUGGAGAAAUUAAACAUCCGAUAAAAGAAAUGCUGGACAAAGUCUCGAAGAAGGCGUUAAUUCGGAAGGAAAUCGAGGAACUUGAAGCGAGUCAAUAGUUUUUAGUCAAAGACGAGUCUGGUGCAAAGUUUGUGCCAUUCGAAAAAAAAA